CCACGCUUCUUUGACUCUCUCCGCCAUGGACAGGAAACGACCGCUAGAGGGUAAUGGCGAAGCGAGUGGUAGCAACAAGAAACUCAAAAGCUCCGGUAUUUCGCAAGCAGCAAUCAUUGCGCAAAAACGUGCCGAAAUCGCCGCCAAGGUCGCUGCCAUGAAUAGCGGCGGUGCGAAGAUCGCUGCACCGACACCUGUGAAGCCUAUCGCGUCCGCCGUGCCUAUGGUCAAGAGCGCCUCGUCCACACCCCCUGGUCUCCCGGACGACCUCGCCAAGAAGAUUGCAGAGGCGAAGAAAAAGGUCGUGGCUGCUCAGAGCAAGUUGGCCGUGAAGGAUAAUCCUUACAUGUCGAUUCCGCAAACUGGAAAGAACAAGAAUAGACCGGCUGAGCCUGCCCAACAAGGUGCAGGUUUGAAGAUGGCCGCGCAUCCGCUGCUGUUGGAUCAUACGCCGGCUGCACCUCAAUCGAAGAAGGAUCGAUAUAAGCCCAUGCAACCCAAGUUUGCGUCAAUCAAAGCUAAUACGCGAAACGUCCCAACACCCCCUCCAGCGCCAACCCCAGUACCUAUCAUGGAAUCUGCCAAUCCUUACGCAUCCAAGGAAACGAUCGAAGGAGCUCCCAAGGAUCGCAUGGGUCGCAACUUCCGGUUCAACCCCAAGGGCAAGUACGUCGCGUUGGCGGACCAGCUGCGAAAGGAGGCGCAGCUCGAAGCGCUCAAGCACCGAAUUGCGGAGAGCGCGAGAAAGGCAGGGUUGGAUAGCGAUAUGGGGAUUGAGAAAAGCGUCAAGCGCGCUCCUCCUCCCGAAGCAGAGUGGUGGGAUGCUGCGUUGCUGCCCAAUAAGACGUACGAUGAUUUGUCGUAUGGAAUUCAAGCGAUGAAUAUCAAGACGUCGGAUUCUCCGAUUACGAUAUAUAUCCAACAUCCUAUUCCUAUCCCGGCGCCUGGAGACAAGGACAAGGUGGCAUUGAAGCCUAUGAAAUUGACGAAAAAGGAGCAAAAGAAGAUGCGUAAGCUGCGCCGUGCAGGGGAGCUGCAAGACAAACGGGACCGAAUUCGUAUGGGACUGUUGCCUCCUGAUCCUCCUAAAGUGCGUCUCGCGAAUCUGAUGAGAGUUCUGACGAGCGAUGCGGUACAAGACCCGACAAGGGUCGAGGCGCGGGUAAGGCGAGAGGUUGCGAUGCGCAAACAUGGGCACGAGAAGAUGAAUGCGGAGCGGAAGCUUACGGACGAGCAGAGGAGGGAAAAGGUGGAGAACAAAAAGUCAGAUGAGGAGAAGAAGGGUAUACACGGGGCGGUGUUCAAGGUGAAAACGCUCACGGAUGGGUCUCAUCGGUUCAAGGUCCGGAAGAAUGCCGAGCAGAUGAACCUCAGCGGGUUGUGCAUCUUCAAUCCAAACUUUAGCAUGAUCUACGUGGAGGGAGCGGCGAAGUUUAUACGGAAUUACAAGCGGCUUAUGAUGCAUCGGAUUGUUUGGACGGAGGCGUCGAGACCGCGGGGCGGGGAAGAAGUAGAGUUGCAAGAGGAUGGAGAUGCAGAAGGAGAUGGGAAGAAGGAGGAAGAGGUGUCGUUGGAGGACAACAAGUGCUGGGAACGAGCGUUCAGUUCGUUCAAGGCGAAGAGUUGUCCGACGGACUCUGCUGCGAAGGAGGUUCUUGGGGAGAGGUUGAAGGGGUAUUGGGACCAAGCAAAGAAUUGGAAGGGUGAGGAGGAGGAGCUGUUUUGAUACAAGUCUAAUAUAAUUUUUCUGGGAUUGCUAGAUUUGAUGUUGUGUCAUUGGUACAGGUGAAAUAUAGUUGCUAUUUCAUUAUCUGCAUAACAGAGGAGUGUGUUCAUAUCAUUGGUGCACAUACCUUGGCUGUUAAGUAUCUCAGAU